AUGUCGAACACAAGUCGGCAACAUGUCACCAACAUUUCACAAAACAUGUCGAACACAAGUCGGCAACAUGUCAUAACACAUCACAAAACAUGUCGAACACAAGUCAGCAACAUGUCACCAACACACCAACAGUUGACAUACAUUGCAACAUGUCGAACACAGUCAGGCAACAUGUCCCAACACUUAAAACAUGUUGACAUAACAUGCACAUGUUUCAUCAACACAUCACAAAACAUGUCAAACACAAAUGAAGAAGAAGAAGAAGAAGAAGAAGAAGAAGAAGAAGAAGAAGAAGAAGAAGAAGAAGAAAGAAAAGGAGAAGAGAAGAAGGAAAGAGAAAAGAGAAGAAGGAGGACAAGAAGAAAAUCACUCAUUAAUCUCACGAAUCGAAAGGAGAGGGAGAUAAAGCGGGUACGAUAUGCAAGAGGUAAAUCUCGCUCCGCAGGUGUGAAAAUGUUCUAA